CCGCAGCCCCCGGCCCAGCUCCGCCCGCAGCGCAGCGCAGCGCAGCCCCGGGAGGAUGGUGCAGAAAUCCCGCAACGGCGGCGUGUACCCGGGGCCGGCGGGCGAGAAGAAGCUCAAGGUGGGCUUCGUGGGGCUGGAUCCCGGCGCGCCCGACUCCAGCCGGGAUGGGGCGCUGCUGAUCGCCGGCUCGGACAGCACCAAGCGGGGCAGCAUCCUCAGCAAGCCGCGCUCGGGGGGCGCGGGCGCGGGGAAGCCCCCCAAGCGCAACGCCUUCUACCGCAAGCUCCAGAAUUUCCUCUACAACGUGCUGGAGAGGCCGCGGGGCUGGGCGUUCAUCUACCACGCAUACGUUUUUCUACUGGUCUUCUCCUGCCUCGUGCUGUCUGUUUUUUCAACCAUCGAUGAGUACCAAAAUAGCUCUGAAGGGGCUCUCUACAUCUUGGAAAUAGUCACCAUCGUGGUGUUCGGCGUGGAAUACUUCGUCAGAAUCUGGGCCGCCGGGUGCUGCUGUCGAUACCGGGGCUGGAGGGGAAGGUUAAAAUUUGCUCGCAAGCCCUUCUGUGUCAUCGACAUCAUGGUGCUGAUCGCCUCCAUUGCCGUGCUGGCCGCGGGAUCCCAAGGGAACGUCUUUGCCACGUCGGCACUGAGGAGUUUGCGGUUCCUGCAGAUCCUGCGCAUGAUACGGAUGGACCGCCGAGGAGGCACUUGGAAACUCCUAGGCUCCGUCGUCUAUGCCCACAGUAAGGAGUUGAUUACUGCCUGGUAUAUUGGUUUCCUCUGCCUGAUUCUGGCCUCCUUCCUGGUGUACUUGGCUGAGAAAGGAGAGAACGACCACUUUGAUACCUACGCAGAUGCACUCUGGUGGGGCCUGAUCACACUGACGACCAUCGGCUACGGGGACAAGUACCCACAGACCUGGAACGGGCGCCUCCUUGCUGCCACUUUCACCCUUAUCGGGGUUUCCUUCUUUGCCCUUCCUGCUGGCAUUUUAGGUUCUGGGUUUGCUCUGAAGGUUCAGGAACAACAUCGGCAAAAGCACUUUGAGAAGAGGCGAAACCCUGCAGCUGGCCUGAUUCAGGCUGCUUGGAGGUUUUACGCCACCAACCUCUCUCGAACGGACCUGCGCUCCACCUGGCAGUACUACGAACGCACGGUCACCGUUCCCAUGUACAGCACGCAAACGCAAACGUACGGGGCCUCCAGACUCAUCCCGCCUCUGAACCAGCUGGAACUGCUGAGGAACCUGAAGAGCAAAUCGGGAUUGACUUUCAGGAAAGAGCAGCAGCCUGAGCCAUCGCCAAGUCAGAAGGUCAGUUUGAAAGACCGGGUGUUCUCCAGCCCCCGCGGUGCUGGCGCCAAAGGGAAGGGCUCUCCGCAGGCCCAGGGAGUCCGGCGAUCCCCCAGCGCGGACCAGAGCAUCGAAGACAGUCCAAGCAAAGUGCCCAAAAGCUGGAGCUUUGGGGACCGGAGCAGAGCUCGGCAGGCUUUCCGGAUCAAGGGCGCCGCGUCGCGACAGAACUCCGAAGAAGCAAGCCUCCCCGGUGAAGACAUCCCCGAUGACAACAAAAGCUGCAACUGUGAGUUUGUGACGGAAGAUUUAACACCAGGACUGAAAGUCAGCAUCAGAGCUGUGUGCGUGAUGCGAUUCCUCGUUUCCAAGCGGAAGUUUAAGGAGAGCCUGCGGCCUUACGACGUGAUGGACGUCAUCGAGCAGUAUUCUGCCGGACACCUGGAUAUGCUUUCCCGGAUUAAAAACCUCCAGUCCAGGAUAGAUAUGAUUGUGGGUCCCCCGCCCCCUUCAACUCCCCGGCAUAAGAAGUAUCCAACCAAAGGACCCAUGUUCUCUUCCAAAGAGUCACCCCAAUAUUCGCCUAGAGUUGACCAGAUUGUUGGACGAGGGCCAUCAAUGACAGACAAGGAUCGAACCAAAGGGCCAGCAGAAGGGGAGCUUCCCGAAGACCCUAGCAUGAUGGGCAGACUUGGAAAAGUCGAAAAGCAGGUUCAGUCAAUGGAGAAGAAGUUGGACUUCCUGGUGAAUAUUUAUAUGCAGCGGAUGGGUAUCCCGCCGACGGAAACAGAAGCCUAUUUUGGGUCCAAAGAACCAGACCCAGCGCCCCCCUACCACAGUCCAGAAGAGAGCAGGGAGCACAUCGACAAAAAUGGCUGCAUCAUCAAGAUCAUCCGGUCCACCAGCUCCAUGGGACAGAAGAACUUCUCCGCCCCGCCAGCUCCGACGAUGCCAACCAACACGUGUCCACCCUCAACAUCGUGGCAGCACCAGCCUUAUCAGCGACAGAGCCACGGGUCCUCCCCCGUUGGAGAUCCGGGCUCUUUGGUACGAAUCCCACCCCCGCCUUCGCACGAGCGCUCCUUGUCAGCAUACGGCAGUGGCCACAGGGCCAGCGCGGAGUACCUGAGGAACGACGACGUUACCACGAAACAUCACGAGAGCGCCAUGAGAGACAGCGACACCUCUAUUUCCAUCCCGUCGGUUGAUCACGAGGAACUGGAACGCUCCUUCAGUGGCUUUAGCAUUUCCCAGUCGAAAGAAAACUUGGACAUCCUGAACAACGGUUGCUAUGCAUCAGUGGCCCCCUGUGCCAAAAUCAGACCCUACAUCGCCGAAGGGGAGUCGGACACCGAUUCUGACCUCUGUACGCCUUGCGGGCCUCCCCCCAGGUCAGCCACGGGUGAGGGACCUUUCAGUGACAUGGGCUGGUCAGCUCCUAGACAGUGAAGCAUCGUGAUGCUCUACUGGGCCCAGUCGGAGCACUGGCCAGCCGCCUGUCCGCACCGUCCACACAUUGAACUUCUCAAGGAGAUUUUCAGCUAAGGUUUUACCACUACAGAACUUAGCUGGUGGAUAUUUUCUUACAGCUUACUCUGGGGGCACGUGCUGAGCCUGCAUUUGGUCGAGAAAGGCCAGUGGGGUGGAAUAAUUUGGAGUUUGAAGCAUCUGGAUUUCUUUCGUACUCUCUUUCUAACAUAGGUGAAACUUUAUCACAGUGCAAGGUGGGCAACGGCAUUUCUUGGUAACCCUUUAAGAUAAAUAUUGCCUGGGGGGGAUCUUUUCGGGGAGGUUUGAAAUAACAGGUGACUGACAAUAUUUUUUUAUAACGUGAUUACCGCAAAGAGGCACUAAGGGAUUACGUACUCAAAUACUUUGGAGUUGGAAAGCAAAUGUCAUGAUGUCAGUCUCAUAAGUCAGAUUUCGGCUGAUGGGGUUUCCAGACUGCGAGUCCCCAUCAAGCAUUGGGAAUGUGGUGUAAUUGCAAUAUAAUGCACUGAAGCUUGAAAAAGGCUCUUGAAAAGAAACAUGUUCAUGUUGAGGUAGUUGAGGUAGUGCAGGGUAGAAUAGUAUCGGGUACUGUUUUGAACCAUUUGGUCAAGCGGUUUAGGGUAGGGGGAUGUUGGAAGAUUCAAAAUACAUGUUUCAGGGCUAAAAAGGAAACACUGGGGAGGAAGAGUGAUUUGGGACACCAAGGAAAGACAAGAAAGACCAUCAGAAAGGAGGAAUUCUCCAAUGUCAAGCCGUGUAUUAUAUUUAAUAACAUCCUUUCCAAAGGGUACAGGAUGGGGGGCUGUAAUUCAGUAACUUGAAGUUGCUCUCCUAAGCUUGCAGUUUUGCUGAACAAGCGCCCAUGGCAGAAUUACAACCUCGCGGUGAAUCGCUGAUGGGAGAGGGGCCUUGCGUUACAAAAAGUAGCGGUCGCUCCAUUUUUGCAAGAAAAGUACCAAGCGCUCCAUCAGCGGUUGGGUCUUGCCAUUCAAGGUGUUGCCCAUUUCUUUACACAGUUCGCAUUGUGCCUCAAUGCUUCUGCACGCCCUCUCCUUCCCUCCCGUGGUCCCAUCCUUCCUUUGCUACCCCAUCCCAAAUCACGCAGACGUCCUUGGGACUUCUCCACCGUUUUCAUUGGGACCCCCAUGCUGAGCGAAGAGGUGUUUCUUCUGGCCUUUUAUAAGCCUCCGGUCUGUAAUUUAGCCACAAGUGCUGCCAGUGAGAGUCUACCCUUUCUUAAAGGAAAAAAAGAAAAAAAAGAUCUUCUCUCUCAUAAAAGCCCAGUGCAGAUCCUGGGAUCGUGAAGCUAUGGGGAAGGUGAUGAAGUCAGUUUUUUUCGGGACCAAAAUAAAGUCACAAAGUGAUCCUUUACUAGCAGAGAUGUGCAGACUUUAUCCAAGGGGACUGAUGUGGGCAUUUCAGGAGCCAUCUCCAGGGCUGCUACACAGUGGUCAUGAUCUCGCCUCUGAAUCUUCCCAUGUAAUUAGACAUCAUUAAUGUGCAUGUUUGGGGAAGGAGGAUGAAAUGCAGUCUGGGCUGUCUCAGUCAGUCCCUCUUUCUAACCCCCGUCUUUCCAUACGAGCGGUCAGUUUUCUUAGCAUUUAAAGAGGUGGCAUGAGUCCCUUUCUGUUGGGCUUUGCCGUACCUGGGAUAAGUACAAAACCUCAGUAUGGCAAGGCUGAAUGUUAAACUGCUGGUGUCGAUGGGGAAAACCAUCUCUUAUUCUGUCACCUCCACUACAAGCUAAUUAGGAGCAAAGGAGGGAAAAUGGCAGCUUUGGCCUUAAUGACCCCCCAGGUCAUAGGUCCCUGAGGAGCUAUGCACCACUUGGAAGGUGUCAGCUGCCUGUAGGGAAGCAUGCAUCUCCUUCACAGGAACUCAGUUGCAAGGGAUCUCAUGCAGGAAAGGAAAUCUCUGCCAAGAGAGGUGGCUUUUUGGGGCUUCAGGAUGGAAAAUGAAAGGGUUGCAUUGAUGCUUAAGCACGUGGCAGGGGAAAGGAUCUAUAUAGUCUUCUCAGCCAGUUAGCUCCAGCAUAGGUGGGUAGAGAAGUGAAGGGGAAAGCAUUUCUUUUCUAAAGAGGUCAAUGUAUCCUUGGGUCCAGGGGAAGGACCUUUGCAGACCCAGCACCUCCUCCCCAUUCCUCAGGUCUGCAUUGAUGUAGUUUGCUGCUUGGGGGAGGGGGAUUUGGACACACACAGCCCUAUACACCUGGAUGAUACUGCUGCCAGUCCUGGCAAUAACCAUAUUGUCCCUACCAUCACACAUCAUGGGUUUCAGGCAUUAGGAAAUCUGGCCAACUUGGUUGUAUUCAGAAUGGGUAUGAUGGAGUCUUUCACUCUAUUGUCUUCGUAGCCUGUGACGAUGGAGAAAAUUGAGAUAAGCCCUUGGCUCAGAGUGCUCUUCUGAAUCAGGGGCUAUGAGAAAGCAGAGGGGUUUUUUUUUAACUACCUAUGAUGUUCAGAAAAGAAUGCAUUUUUAGAUACCUGUGGUGUGCAACGUAUCCCAAUGCAUGGGAAUAAUUGGGGGGGUUUCUGGGUAGAUUUGAAAAUAUAGAGUUACUAGUGAAGUCACAAGGAAAGUCAGGACAACCAUCCAGAUUCAGCUCUGCAAAAGGCCACCUCUUGUUGAUCCUUGCAAACGACUCUAGUGUUCACCCACAAGAGCGCCAUGGAUUUUAGUGGAGUGACACCAGGUUUUUGCUGGUGUGAAUGAAACCAGAAGUCGCCCCUAAUGUAUGCUUUUUGUUGCCUAACCCUUUACAUCCUUUUCCUCAUCCCAAAUCACACUCGACAGCUCCCAGCAGCUUCCUGCUCCCUUCCUUUCCCCACCUCCCUUGUAUAUGCAGUUGCUGGCGAGCCAGCAAUGAAACGUUUUCUUAGUUUCUCAAGUUAGUGGUUGAGAAACAACACGUUUUUGACGAGAAUGUUUGAAUUUUUGCUAAUAACAGUGUCCUCCAAUGAGGAUGUUUAAUGAAAAAUGUUACGGCAACCUCUGUGUCACUGCUGUUUGGCAUGUCUGCAGCAUCUGUGUUACUUCUGUUUCUCUCUCUCUGUAAUCUCCGUAUGUUUGUAAACACAGAAACUCGGUUUUGGUGAUGCCAAGUUGUGGCACAAACCCAAGAAAAGCUAGGAAAGUCAGAGGUAAGAACAACACGGCGCCAGGCGAAUUUUGAGCUGAAUUUUCAAUGGGCCUUUCUUAACUGCAUCUGGGGUAUUUGUAACUGUGAUACUUGGUUGCACAUACAAAACCGGUGUGUGCACACAUAUGCUUGUGCACAUCCAUGCAGAAACAGAAGCAGUGGCCUUGCGCUAAAAUCCAGGAUCUGAACUCCAGGGAACUGGGGGUGGGGGAUCUGGAUCUGAAUGUUAAAAAUGGUCCCCAUCAGUGUCACGGGCCAUUCCAAAACCUUGGAGCAGAGACCACACUGCACAACAGGUUGUCCUGCCUUGAAGUUUGGGGCCCAAGUUCUUGGGUCAGUGUGCGUCUCUGAAAAGAUGCAGUGCAUCUGCAGUGCAUCUCACAAAAUGACCCUGAGACUUGAAAACAGAGCACUCGCUCUAAGUUGAAUUUCCCAACAUUUGGGAAAGGGACUUGACGUUACUUAAAUGCAGGUGUUGUAUGCAGAUUUCCUUGUUUGCUCGGUUUCUUAAUAGCCGUGUUUAAACAAAGGGGGGGGAAAUAAUGACAAGCAAAUCGUUUCACCCAAAGAGCCAUGAUGUUUCAUUAAGCGACUGAUGUAGGAAAGAAUAUUAUUUUUAAUGCUGCCUAAUGGAGCCAAGCCACUUCAACAAGGUCAUUCCUAUUUACAGUAUAAGUAGGAGUACUUGUACAUUUUCAAUUUUAACCUUUUCAGUUACAUGGUUUUUAAAAAAAUAAUAUUUGCAUUAUGCCCUGGCUAGACCAGAUGAACUCCAAAGAUGUAAUAAUUUGCUUACUUAAUAUUUACCCAAGAGAGUGGAAAAAAACAUAUAUUUGCCAUGAAACAAUUGCUAAAAAAUCCAUAAUAAUGAAAUAAGAGUCAAGAAUUAAAAUGUAUUAAAGUGUCUAAGUAGAAAAGAUGUUUCUGGCAUAAUUGAAGCAAACGAGAAAAUCCAAAGUUAUGGUUGAAAUGUCUAAUUUAACACCUAGUGGAAGAGUGCCGUGGCAUUGUUUAUAGGAUCUGACUCCAUUUUAAACAUGCUUCAAGCAGAGGGAAGAGGCAGAAAUCCAAAUAAUGGAAGAAUAAUGUCGUUCAAAGUAGGGAGGUAAAGUCUGGAAUGAGAUUCAUCCCCAGAGUCAGGGCUUCUGAAAGCAGAAUUUGGCCCUCAGAUAUGAACAUCUUGGCUUUUGGCUUACUCAGAAACCUAAAGUAAUUAUGUAGUUUAAAUAGGGGUUUUUUUAUAUAUGAAUACAUGCUUGGGUUCAGUUAAUAAUUUGAUAGGAAAAGGUCAUCAAAAAAUUCUUAAUUCAGAAUAUUAAAAAAAAAGAAUUAAAAUAAUUAAGACUUUAAAACUUCACUUUUUCUUUAGACACAAAAGAGAAGGGGUUUGCUUGGCUUGGCUGACUUAUGCCUCAUUUCUGUCACAUUCCCAAAUAGAGAGCUUUGAACUCAGUCAUUUGAAUACCUCCAUGUCCAUAACUGCUGUCUCUCCAGCUGUUCCCUACUACAGCAGUUCCUUAAUCAAGAAGAGCGUGUGCUGUUCAGCAGUGCCAACAAUUGCCAAUGUGCUACCAGUGGGGCUUCAACACUUGAUCCAGAAGAAAUAGGACUUAAUUUCCACUAGCUAAGAUGACAAGGGACCAUAUCUAGCAAUGGAAAUGGGCCAUCGGAUGCAGCUUGGGAGAAUGAUUAUAUGAACACACAAGUAGGACAGUAAUGUUCAUCUGUGAAGAAGGUCACCCCUUUCUAAGUACAGCUAAUACCAACCCUAUAAAUCAUGAUUUUCAUCCGUGGUCCCUCCCGGUAUUUCUUGAGGGGUGACGGGAGAUUUUUGUCUUUGGGCUGCACCAAACAUCAGGCACGUUGAAACAAAAUUAGAGCAGGAGUAUCUCUCUUUUUCCUUCCAAAAAAGAGCUUCUGUCCAGUCUUUGCCAUUGCUCAGUUCAAAAACACAGACAGCAAGGGUUAUUGCCCUGAAGACAACGGGGCUGUUCUCAAGGACUGCUCCAGCUGGGCGUGGAAAGUAUAUGCAGGACUAUCUGAUGUACACAGAGCCAAAUCUUUUAUAUAUAUGUAUAUACAUGUAUACACACACACACACGCACAUAUAUACAUACACAUAUAUGUAUAUAUAUCUAUACAUACAUAUAUACAUACACUCACAUACAUACACACAUACACACACAUAUAUACAUACAUGCAUGCACGCACACACACGCAGACUAGGAAUUCAACCUGGGGGAAAAGCAAGUGCUCUUUAAAGAGAAAGACACAUUUAGCUUGCAACUGGGCCUUCCCUUAUGGAAGUGCCCUCAUAUAUUUAAUGAAGUAUUCUGUUCAUUCCCAAUUUCUUGAACCCCUCGAGAGGAGUCCCCAAGGCAAGCGCUGAAUGUAGGCAUCUCCCCAAAAACUGCCCCCUCCAGCCAGAGCCUCCCAGUUGGGAACAAAGCCCCAGAUCUUCCCUGUGGUUGUUGCCUUUUCCCCUGCAAAGGGCCUUGGCAUGUGGGCUGUGCCAGCGAUGGUCCAUUGAAGCCCGAGUCCAAUGGCCACCGUAUGUGUGUAACCAUAUUCCACAAUUUUUAUUUUGCCUCCUCUCUUGGGUCAGUAUUUUCCGUUGGAUGGAUCUCCUUUAGCGAAACCCAAACAAGGAAAUCGGGAUACAAAAUGCCCUUGCUUGUAAGUAAUGUGAAAGUGGUGACACAAAAGCGAUGCUGCACAGGAAGUUCAGAAGGAAGCCAGGCUCCUGCAGCUUUUCAUGUGAUCGCGGGGUGGUUUUGUUACGGACUGGUGUGAAAAGGGAACUCUUGCCUUGAUUUGAAGCCUCCGUGACUUCUCCACUUCACGUCACAACUUGAACGUGAAUAUUUGAAGCGUCAAGUUGCGGGGGGGGUUGGCGAGGCUUUUUUAAUACUUAAAAUAAAUACAUAGGUAUCUUCUUUAGUGUUGAUGCUCUGUUGGCACAAUAUUGCUUGCCUUAUAUUAUUGUCUAGAGGGAGAGGAAAAUACACAGUUUUGAUACAAUACUACCAGAGCUCAUGUUUUAGGUCUCAUCUAGCAUCACUUGCAGGUCUCCCUCCUACCAGGAGGAACCAUCCGUUCAUUUUCAACAUAUGAAUGUGCUUUUUCCAGACUCUCAUAUCAGACUCUUGAUUUUGCCUGCUACUGCAUGCAGUCUGGGCUGAGCAGAAAUCAUACCAUGAUGUCUAUAUCUGCGUUCCUAAGUGGCUGUAGGGUUUAAAGAGACAUCAGUUUUGGAAGAAAACACACAAGCAGUUAUCCGUUGCAUCGGGCGGUAAGGUGCAUUAAAAACCCAGUGGCUUUUGUAGGUAACACUAACAUACCACGUGUCUUUGAUGCUGCGAUUCAUUUAGUGCACUAUUCCUCAGGUAUGGCAUGCAUGAAUGACUCCUGUUACCUGUGUCUACAAGAGGUGUAUGUACGUGGGAAACCUAUGGGAUGAGCUACAUAGGAAUAUGGAUUUCAGGGAAAAGCUGUGGUUGAUUCUGCAUGAAAUGCUGUGCUUUUUUAGUCUGAUGGCAAUGAUGGGAAUGUGAUGGACAUGCCUAAGGAAUACUCUUUCCUGCUACGGUGGGCCUCAGGGAACCAACGUGUUGGUGUCCAUAGUCCAAAGGGCUGAGGCCUGGCCUCCAUUGCAAUGGAUGCAAUUUGAACCCACAAAACAGAUGCCUGCAUCUUUGUACCUGCCAAAUGAAUCGCAGGAGCAGGUCAGAGCAUUGUCGGGGCACCUCUCUCCAAUCUCCCUACACUUUCGUGCCUGAAGGUGCAAAAAUGGGAAUAUACAACUUCUGCCGUGGAAAGUAGGCCCUCUUGCAAAGGGCUCCCUUCCCCCUCCCUUGGGCAAGGUGUCCACCCAUGUCUACAGUGUUCGUGAUCAAACUUACGGGAGUUUCUCCCUUGCUUUCCUGUACUGCCCCCCCUUCACUAGGUGCAGAGCAUUUUUUGGGUGCUACUAAAAGUCUCGGCACUGUUCUUCCUACAGCAUCAGUCUAUGCUGUCCAGAGACCAUCAGUUCCCCCCAGACACUCGACUUUCAAUCCCUACUUCAUUAGCAUCGGUCUAGUAACAUAGCACCAUUUUGUCACCAUCCCAGCCCAGGCCACAUCCAAAGGUAUCAGUUGCCUUAGUAGGGCUAUCACCCUGUUCUUGAGGCUUUUGAAACGCCAUAACUAAGUCCCCCAUAAGCCCUAACACCUUGUCUUCUGGAUUUGUAUUUGCUUUUCAUUGAGCAAUUCCUUUUUACCUCUUGGGGCCAUUGGAAAUGUCCCCGUUUUAUUUAGAUCGAUUAAGCCUUCUGGUGCAGGGAGAGAGGCCUUUUGCCCAUCCACCCAGCACGUGGCAUGUUAAUGGCAGGUUGUGGUAAAAUAACACCAGUCCUGGGCUCCUGCCAGCCAUGUCAGAGUAGCAAGGAGGAAUACGUGCCUCUCUCCACAGCCUGGCUGCUUCUGCUCUCAGUGCCCCAGAGGUUGCACGUGCCAGGUGCCCACGUCGGCCUCGUGGCUUGGUUUGUGCAAGAUCCUCUCUUUGCAAAGGUUGCCAACGAGCCUGCUCCAAACUGCACCCAGAGGCCAGGUGAGAUGCGAACGAGAUUGUUUCCAAUAUGAGCCAUGCAACCGCUUGUGCGGUUCUGAUCCAAACCCAGGUCGAAAUCUGGGGUUGUCCAAAUAGCAUUCGCUUGUGCUUUCAGCUCUAUGUGGAACUGACAGUCAAGUUAGGAUUUGGGGUAACCGGCUUUUUUUCCCACCCCCUUCAUCCUCUGCACAAGGCACAGAGUCAUCCAGGAGCUCAUUUCUCCAGCCUGCAAUGAAUGCUGCCUGCCAGCACAAGUUGUUUCUCUCUGUAGUCUUUUAAAACUAGCACACCCGUGGCGACUGUAGGCGCCUCUUCACUGUGCAAGGUGAAUCUCACUCCGUGCCUGGGCCACGGGACACGAGUCUGCUUCAGCAAGUCGCUGUAGCGGGGUCAGUCCCAUUAGCCCAAGCCAGAGGCUGCUGGUUUGAUGACCAAGAUGAAGCAUGUUACAUCUCCUAGUGUUUAGGCUCUUCUGCGCCUCCCAGCAAGUCAGCGCUGCUCCUUCACCGGCUUCACAUCUGUCCGGAGUUUGAGAGCAGUUGCAGUCAGGCCAGCACCCAAAUAAUAUGGACUCGUCUAUACUCAUAUACUGGCUCGCUAGGCACCACUGGGCUCGGUUUCCCUCAAUUCAAGCAAAAUGUUUUCUGCUGGCCACACCGGUUCCAAAUUUGCAUUUGCACAGGGAGUGGAGAACUGGAGGUUUGCAGAAAAAAGAUAAUUAAUCAAGGAGAGGAUUUUUGCUACGUUCCUUCUUUUAAUUUAACAGCAGGUUUUCCAAUAGCUGCAGUAACUGAGCGGUAUAUACAUGCUCCAGGGGAGUAAAUUACUCUUAUCGACAUUUUAUUCUUUUAUCAGUAAUUCACAUAGGUGGGCUUCCCUGGACUGGACCAGGAACAGCCCAUAUACUAAAACUAUAUUCCUGUCUCACCAGUAUAGACAUUGUAUUUAUGAGAUCUGUCUUGCUUCGUGUCAUUUGGGCACAAUAUCCACAUGUAUCACACAAGACUUGCACAUUACAUGCCAGCUACGGAUAGAUAUUGUUACAUGUACUCCGCUUACGUGUGUUCAAUAGACACCAAAUAUAGAGUGUUACCUGCCUAUUUUGUGAUGUGACUCAAAGUGCACGGAGGGGCGGGAAAUCCUGUUGUGUUAAGAGAUACACUACAUUUGAAUGCUUCUUAAAAAACACAUUUUACCAGAAAGCAAAAAUAAGUGAGACUGUUUCUGGAAUGGGUUUUUUGGGGGGUUUUGUUGUUUUUUUUUUUUACAAAAAGAAAGAACAACACAUUAAAAAUACCUAAAUACUGUAUUUCUAUAUAUUCUUCAUUCUUACUCACCUGACCUGUAAAUACUGUACAGGCUGAAUGAUGUAUAAAGGUUUCUCUUUGUCAAGAACUGCAAGACAAAAAGGACAACAUAACUUUGGCUGCAGAAGAUUGUGUUCACGCAGUUACACGUGUGCACAGUCAUAUUUUGCGUGCAGGCGUAUGCAUGCAGAGAGAUGAUUUAAAGCAGAAAAAUGCAUUUAAUGUGAAAGGAAAAAAAAACUGCCUUUUUUUUUUCCUUUGAGGAAAGAUAAUCUUUUCUUUUGGUUUGACCCAGACACUAUUUUAACUUCAUAUUUCUAUCCAGGUAGAAAAAGAUCCUAAGAGGGACUGAAUACAUAUUUUCCCAUCCAAAUUAGUCUUUUUUCACAGCCCCGUUUAGAAAUUUUGAAAAUAGAUUGAAAAAAAAUAGAUUUAAUUGGCUUUUCCUUUUUACAGUUCAAAUCAUAGGAUCAGUGCCCACUCCACUACAACCAAGGUCAAAACCAAGACUCGUGUUGACUGCUUGCUGAGAGCAAACCUUCUCCCAGAGGUUUCAGACAUGGAUAUUCAUGCAUGAGCAAAAUCUCUUGACCCGGCCUCAUUCAUAAAAAUUAAGUUGAUUUUAUAUAACAGAGGCACCAUUUUGGGGUUUUUUUUUAACUUUAGCCUUUUAACUGCGUUCCAACACACAGCGUGUCUUCUCUGCCAAUGGAGAUGGCAUAGGGCAAUGAUGAACCUUUAGAGAUGAUGGGCCUGCUUUUCAAUCGCACCACCAAGAACCAUGCAAUCCCAGUAGACCCUAUAAACAGCCCCUGGCACCUUACCUUUGAAAAUACCACUGAUCCUCCUGUCUUCAUAGUAUUUGUCUUUCAAAAAUGUAACUUCAAAAACAAAACAAAAAACCAAAUUCCUCAACAAGGAUCAUUCAGAUGUUUAACCAAGUGACGUGAGACAUGUCUGGAGUCCCCGUAUCUACUUUAUCUCUGAGCACAGAGUUGGCACCAAGUCCCUCUGGGAAGGGGCAGGUUCUUGCUUAUGGUUUCAUUGCAAAGCUCUGACGGUUUAUCCAUGCAGGGGAUCAGCUGUAGAGGUUUAAGCAGACAAAAACUGCUUUCCAGACUUGGUGCCAAUUCUCUGCAGAGAGAUGAGUUUCAUCCAUGAAGUAGGUUUUUUUGACUGGGUGUUUGUGUCUGCCUUUCAUUACUCAGCUGAGCCCUGAAGUUGGGUUGUCCUUCUGAAAGCAAAGACAGCUGCUUUGCUUCCUUUAAUUUGCUCUGUUGCCUUGGCUUUUUUGCACUUUUGUUCGAGCUCCAAAGAAUAUUUCAUAAUGCCUUUGGUACUGAUGUACAAUUUUAAACAUUUUGUAUGUAUUGAAUGGUACACACUUCUCUUGUAAAAUAGCAAUCUGACUUUUUUUUUGGUGAAUGUGUAAUUUCCUCUGUACAUUUCAAUCAUGACUUUGUGCACUGUACAUUUUAUAGGGAUAGAAGCCAAGGGAAUGACCUAUAGUUUUCUAUUGGAAUAGAUAAGACAUUAAAAUUACACAAAUCACAGAUGGUUUUA